GGAGGGGCCGCAGCUCUGUCAGCCGCGGCAGAGCCGCCCGCGAGCUCCGCGCGAGUUCAGCGGAGUCCCCAGCUCCUCGCUCGCCCUCUCGCUGGCUCUCUGGAUCACUCCCUCCCUUCCUCCCUCCCUUCUUCCCGGCGGCCGCGGCGGCGCUGGGAAAGCGGCGAAGAGGAGUGGCCCUGCCCUGGAAGAAUGCGGCUCUGCCGAGGGGGCCGAGCCCGACGCCUUCUCCCCACGGUUUGAGCGGCCGAGCCAAGGCGACCGGACCCCGCCGGUGGCGGACCCCGCCCCAGAGCAGCUGGAGGCCCUGAUCGAUCUGCCCACCGGGGCCUUCGGGCCCGGGCUUCGACAUGCAGGAGGAGCCCCGGCCGCGGCCUCCGCCCUGGGGCCUCGCGGGUCUUCUGUUCCUGGCGCUCUGCAGUCGGGCCCUAACCAAUGAGAUUCUGGGCCUGAAGCUGCCCGGCGAGCCACCGCUCACAGCCAACACCGUGUGCUUGACGCUGUCGGGCCUGAGCAAGCGGCAGCUAGGUCUGUGCCUGCGCAGCCCCGACGUGACCGCGUCCGCGCUCCAGGGCCUGCACAUCGCGGUCCACGAGUGUCAGCACCAGCUGCGAGACCAGCGCUGGAACUGCUCGGCGCUCGAGGGCGGCGGCCGCCUGCCGCACCACAGCGCCAUCCUCAAGCGCGGUUUCCGUGAGAGUGCCUUUUCCUUCUCCAUGCUGGCUGCUGGGGUCAUGCACGCAGUAGCUACAGCCUGCAGCCUGGGCAAGCUGGUGAGCUGCGGCUGCGGCUGGAAGGGCAGUGGUGAGCAGGACCGGCUGAGGGCCAAACUGCUGCAGCUGCAGGCACUGUCCCGGGGCAAGAGUUUCCCCCACUCCCUGCCCAGCCCCGGCCCUGGCUCAGGCCCCAGCCCUAGCCCCCAGGACACAUGGGAAUGGGGUGGCUGUAACCAUGACAUGGACUUUGGAGAGAAGUUCUCUCGGGAUUUCUUGGAUUCCAGGGAAGCUCCCCGGGACAUCCAGGCACGAAUGCGAAUCCACAACAACAGGGUGGGGCGACAGGUGGUAACUGAAAACCUAAAACGGAAAUGCAAGUGCCAUGGCACCUCAGGCAGCUGCCAGUUCAAGACCUGCUGGAGGGCAGCCCCAGAGUUCCGGGCGGUGGGGGCAGCCUUAAGGGAGCGACUGGGCAGGGCCAUCUUCAUCGAUACCCACAACCGGAACUCCGGAGCCUUCCAGCCCCGUCUGCGUCCCCGUCGCCUCUCAGGAGAGCUGGUUUACUUUGAGAAGUCUCCUGAUUUCUGUGAGCGAGACCCCGCCGUGGGCUCCCCAGGCACACGGGGCCGGGCCUGCAACAAGACCAGCCGCCAGCUGGAUGGCUGUGGUAGCCUGUGUUGUGGCCGUGGGCACAACGUGCUCCGGCAGACAAGAGUUGAGCGCUGUCAUUGCCGCUUCCAUUGGUGCUGCUAUGUGCUGUGUGAUGAGUGCAAGGUCACCGAGUGGGUCAACGUGUGUAAGUGAGGGUCACCCUCACAGCAGGCUGGGGGAAGGGGAGGGGCACCUUUUCAACCUUUUGUUCUAAUUUCUGUCCAAGGUCAAUCUUGGCCCCUGGAAGCUCAAAGUAUCUACCUGGAAAUAGCUUCUGGGUUGGUGGAGGUCAGAUGGAGUCUGUGAUGUGUGGCCUUCUCCCCCCACAGUUGAAGGGCCUUGGGGGGGAAGAUGUCACCCCUCUUCUGCUCCUUAAACACCUGGAUGGACUAAGAUGAAAUGCACUGUAUUGCCCCCUCUCCCCAACCCUGGGGUCCAUUUAACUCUGAUUCACACUCCAUUUGGCUGGGGAGUCCCUAUAGUUUGACCACUCUUCUCCUUUGAGGGUUAGCCCCAGGCACUGUGUGGAGCCAUGAGACCUAUGUCCAGAAAGAAACCACUCACUCCAUUUGCUGUUCCUGAAUUCCUCUACUGCAGCCUGAGUCCCCUCUUGUGGGGUAAUGGGAGACAGUGGAUGGGACAGAGUGCUGGGAAGUGCUCUCCCCUGAGUCCUCAGAGUCAUCUGUCCAGGCCCUUAGGGAAGCUAUUUGCCCUCCAUUCAUAUGUUAAAGAGGACCCUCCAAAGGAAGAACGUCCUACAACUUUCUGAGCCUCUCUUUCUUUCUUUAGCAGGAGGGUGGGAAUGGAUAAUUUAUUGUACUGAGACUUGUUCUUGGUUCCCGUUUGUAACUAAAAUAAAUUAAGUUACUGGACCAGUG